CAACUUAGAACAGCAUACUCACCUUCAAAGACAGAAGCUCAAACGCAGAGAGAGAUGAAUCCUCAAGUAUCUUUCGUGGUGCUCAUCGCCGUCCUGAUCUUCACUGGCACGGCAGUUGCUAGAACAGACCCGGGUGAGUACUGGGUGAGCAUCAUGAAAGGAGAACCCAUGCCAGAAGCAAUUGAAGGCCUCCUCCAUGUGAUCAACCCUGCAUCAGAUCGACCUCAUCUCACUUCUCUCCCCGAGAAGGAGGCUGACUGCCACGGAGAUGACAAGCUAGAGGACCAUAAACGACUCAUAGGUGAUUUUGAGCCGAGGCCCGAUGUCACAGCUUACGGGAACGAUGCCAAGCUUCAACAGAAGAAAUUCACGGAGGAUAUUGAGCCGAGGCCUGAUGUCACGGCUUAUGGGAACGAUGCCAAGCUCCAACAGAAGAAGUUCGCAGAGGAUUUUGAGCCGAGGCCUGAUGUCACGGCUUAUGGGGAUGAUGCCAAGCUCCAACAGAAGAAGUUCGCAGAGGAUUUCGAGCCGAGGCCUGAUGUCACGGCUUAUGGGGACGAUGCUCAACUCAAAGGGAAGAAGCCAUUCAUGAAUACAUUCGAGCCAAGACCCGACGUAACAGCUUAUGGCCAGAAGUGAUGGUGAGAAGAGACAACGAUGAGGUGUUACUGCUUCACGUAAUGUAUUUGAUUUUAGUGCAGUAUUGUGAAUGUGUGUGUCGACAAAGCCGGUAAAUACCUCGAAUAGAACUGAUGUACGGCGAUGGUGAUUGUGGUGUGUCGCAUGUUCUGGUGGUGGUUUGUCAUUGCCUUGCAAAUUAUAAAACGGGGUUUUUAAGAGGCCUGUGCUUU